AUGUCCGGCGUAUCACUAGCCGUGUCCCCUCCUCCGCCGCCGCCGGCGACAACAAAUACAGAACGCCGCCACGACGCGGCGGCGUUAGGCGGCGGCGGGGUGAUGGGUUCCCUCCGCGUGAUAGAACUGCAGCUGGUGGCGUUCAUCAUGGUCUUCUCCGCCAGCGGCCUCGUCCCGCUCAUCGACCUCGUUUUCCCGGCGUUCGCCUCCGCCUACAUCCUCGUACUCUCCAGGCUCGUCUUCCCGUCGCUCGGCGGCGGCGGCGGCGGCGGAUCCCCUGAAAUAUUCCAAGGCAGCCGGCUGUUCCGCCUGUACGUGAUCGUGGGAACAACCAUCGGGCUGUUCCUGCCGCUGGCGUAUGUCCUCGGCGGAUUCGCGAGAGGCGACGAGCACGCCGUCAGAUCGGCGACGCCGCACCUAUUCCUGCUGUCGUUUCAGAUACUGACGGAGAAUAUAAUCGGCGGCCUAUCUCUAUUCUCGCCGCCGGUGAGAGCGCUCGUGCCUCUGAUCUACACCGUACGCCGGAUAUUCGUCAUCCUCGAUUGGACCAAGGAUGUGUGGCUCAACAAAACCCUCCCCGCCAAUGCAGAAUUACACGUUGUGGCGUGGCAUUGGUUUGGAAGGGGUUUGGCGGUUUUGAACCUGGGCUAUUUCGCGGUGAACUUGUUGUGUUUUUUGUUACCUCGAUUUCUGCCCCGGGCGUUCGAGAAGUAUUUCAGAGAGAGAGAUGAAAUGCAUGCUAAGAUGGCCGAAGAUAAGCAUUCCUCUUCGUCGGCUUCGAAUAUUGCCUCCCAAAAAACCGACAAGAAGGCCGAUUAAUCGAUCGGUGGUUUUAUUUUGCUGCAAUCGUACGUAAGAUGUUUUAACUUGUUUCCGGAAUCAUAUAUAAUAUAUAUAUAAUCAUGCACAUUGUAACUUUGUUGUUUGGUUUAUAAUGGUUUAGCUUGUUAUAAACGGGUAGUAGUCGGGUUGUUUUAUCACCGAACAGUGAAUUAGUAUAGUUUUGAGUUUAAUUUCGGUUUGUGGAUGGGGGUUAUAUGAUUGAUUAUUUUAUCGGAAUUACCCAUGAUAAAUAGUAUUAGUACAUUUCGCAGCAAAUUAGGCUUCAAAGUUCUUGGUUUGGUGGUACAUCCCAAUGAAUUUAUGUCUCUCUCUUUUCGAAUAAAAAGAAAAGACUUUGUUGAUCCGAUUUCCUCUCAAAAUCUCACGCUUCGAAUGUAGAUUGGGAAUCCUUGUAGUUAAUAAUCAUUAAUUUGACUACUUGAUUAAAUACUUGCGAUAAAUUUGUUGACCCGAUUUUAUUAUGUGAAAUCCCUAGCGUGCUUGAUCAGUUCGAUUGAUUUUAAUGCACGAACUUGUGAAGCAUGUUC